AUGCACGCCUAUCAGAUCAAACAGAACUUGGAAAGCCUCGACCAACUUUCAGGAUGUCUAACACAGCUACCAGACCCUAAGCCAGCGGAUAAUCAGGUGUUGAUCGAUGUCAAGUGUGCAGGGAUGAACUUUUUCGAUACGCUUCAAGUCCGGGGACUCUACCAAGACCAACCGCCGUUCCCGUUCAUCCCCGGCGCCGAGCUGUCUGGGGUGGUUUCGCAGAACAGUCCGAUCCCCAAAGGAUGCCCCUUCGUUCCUGGUAAAACUAGAGUCUUCGGCUCGACCCAAGGCUGUUAUGCUACUAAGGCCUGUGUCGCCUGGGACCAGUUGAUCGAAAUCCCGCCUGGAUUGGACUUCGAACACUCCGCUGCUAUCUUUGUCACCUACCCGACUUCUUAUGCCGCCUUAAUCAACCGAGGAAAAUUGAAGAAAGGAGAGUGGUGUUUAGUCCAUGCUGCGGCUGGUGGGGUAGGAAUUGCGGCAGUCCAAAUCGCCAAAGCGGUGGGAGCGAAGGUGAUCGCGACAGCCUCGUCACAAGAAAAGCUCGCCUUCGUCCGCAAGUUCGGAGGCCUGUCUGACCAGGAUUUCACCUUGGUUUACGACGAUACUCCGGCGUCUAGUCCAAGCGGCGCCAAGAAGAAAUCGUCCAUGUUGGAAUGGCAGGCUCAGGUCCUCAAAAUCACUAAGGGAAAAGGCGUCGACGUCGUCUUUGAUCCGGUCGGACUUCUCAAUAAAUCUCUCAAAGUUGCUGCAUGGGAUUGUAGAUUGGUGGUUGUUGGCUUCGCCGGAGGACAAAUCGAUAAGAUUCCAGCCAACCUUCUAUUGCUGAAAAACGCAGCAGUGACGGGGAUUUUUUGGGGUGCGCAAGUGAAAAAGGACCCAAGUGAAUCGGUCAAAGUAUGGGCGGCUCUAUUGGAGCUGAUCAGUCGAGGUCAACUCCGACCGGUCUUGCAUACGAAGAUUUACAACGGCUUGGCCGAAUUGCCCGAAGGCUUGAAAGACUUGGGAUCGCGCAAGGUUCUCGCAAAGGCCAUCCUUCGCAUCGAAGCUGACCCCAAAUCCAAGUUGUAA